ACUUGUGGCGUGAAGAUACUCAGCACUGCUGUGCCUGGGCUACGACUUGCUGCCGACCCUGCAAUGAUGGUUUUUUUGAUGUUACUGUUACUGCAUGCAGUGUUUGGUCAUCCGUGCGACACUGUGGAGGGCAACUUUAACGACUGGUUGAAUGAUGCCGAGGAGCGUGACGUAGUGGUGGUCGGAGGCGGCGUUGCUGGACUCUCGGCCAUGAACAAGUUCCUGAAUACAAUCAAUCCCGUGAGGAACGUGGUACUGCUGGAAGCCCUGGACCGUCUCGGAGGACGCGUCAGCACAGUCAGGACGGAACUGAACUCUGGGGAGGUGUUGACGGAGGACGGGGCGGAGUGGAUACAUGGAGGUAAAGGCAACUUCCUCUUCCAUCUAGCCAAAGAACAAAAUGCCCUCGCCCCCAAACUCGGCGACAACGACUGGGAGGUGUGGAUCAAGCGUCAGAACGGAGCCAACGCUGAUGAACGAGGCUUCGACCUGGCCAAGGAAAUACUGUGGAAGUGUGACUCACGCAAAGCCCUGGAACCCUAUUACCUUUAUAACAAGGACAUGGGAUACGGCCAGUGCCAUGAAGACAAGUUCAACCAAUGGUAUGAUUCCUCACGCACCCGGCAGUAUGAGAAAGACGCCUGGCACCACUACCUUCACCAGUACUUGAACAAGGACGAAGGCACAGACACCUGGCUUGACAUCUCCGCCCGGGAUGCCGAUCACUUCACCGACUGGGGCUUUGACCAAUGGGACCAGUGGAAGGAUGGCUACGAGACUCUCACAAAGUAUUUGAAAGUGCGUGCCGAGUUUGCCUUUAUCACCCGUACUCUUCAGAAUGUUCUUGAUCCUAAUGUUACAGACUAUGACUCAGAAAGCUUUAUUGAAGCCAUGAAAAAUCUGCCAGAAAUCUAUCCAUCUGAAUUACCUGACACUAAAUCUUUCCGAGUUGCAUUAGAUGUGUUCAACAUUCAUAUUUCUGAUUAUAUGGAGCAGCAUCCUGGUAAACAGGAACAGUGCAGAGAACAGCGUCGUGACUUGUACACGGCUUUCAUCGACGUAACUAAGGCCUUCGACUUGGUCAAUAGGGAAGCGCUCUGGUAA